GUAGCCGAGGGUUGUUGGGAACAUAAGGCUGUGCAACUGAGAGGUUUCUCGUAGCUAUCAGAAGGCUAAGAAAACAGAAGCGGUUGUUAGCCAAAUGGAUGAGAUGUCCCUCGAAGGGAGCUACAGCUAAUUCCAAUCUGGACACUGAUCAUUGGCAGGAUUCAAACUUAACCUUUAGUUUGGGAACACUCCAGCGCACGAGAUCGCACUCAGAGAUAAUGGAGCAGAAUGAAAUGAUUAACAUUGUACCCUGCAGUGAAGAGGAGGGCCCACUAAUUGAGGAUAAUAAUAUACAGAAUAACAUUGACUUUGUCCUAGUAGCAAAAAGAACAGAGAAUGCCAAUGACAAAAAUAAAAAUAAUAGGCAACUUUAUCUGAGAAAAUUAAGUGAAAAGGGCUUCCGAAUAAUGAAAAAAGAAGAUUCCGAGAAUGAGUAUUUUGGAAUUGAAGCUCAUGAGGAGAUCUUUAAGGAGUACAUUCAUCACACAAAUGUGUCUCAGGGAAGAUAUGCAGAUCGUAAAUUGCACAGUGUCACAGAAUCAACCAGAAUACGAAUUAUAAAUUUUAUUCUGUGGAAAACUAAGUGUCCAAAGAAUGGUGAUAUAAAUGACAGCAUUUCUCUGAGGAAGUUAUUGAAAGAUGGUGCAUUUCAGGCAGUCUUCCCUCUUCAUGAGCAGAAUAAUUCUGAGAAAGGGGGCAAGUUGCGACAUGAAUGGGCGAAGUGGGAAUGCUUAUUUAAGAAACAACCCAUUAAUGAAAUAAGGGACUACUUUGGAGAAAGGAUUGCCUUAUAUUUUGCCUGGCUUGGCUGGUACAACACCAUGUUGCUCCCUGCUGCUCUAUCUGGAGUACUUGUCUUUCUAUAUGGAUUUAUAUCUUUUGAAAGCAAUCAAGUGAGUAAGGAAAUUUGCAGUGCUACUGACAUUGUUAUGUGCCCACUGUGUGAUCAACGUUGUCAUUUCUGGAGGCUCAAUGAAACCUGUUCCUAUGCAAAGGUUACGCAAAUGUUUGACCAUGAAGUAACUGUUAUUUUUGCAAUGAUCAUGGCAAUCUGGGCUACAGUAUUUUUGGAGAUAUGGAAAAGAGCCCGGGCAAAAGCUGUCAGCUCGUGGGAAUUGUAUCACUGGGAUGAAGAUGAGGAGGAUUUGAUUCUUGGGUUAAUAUACAACCCUACUAUCCCAUAUAAAGAAUAUCAACAUUCGUACAAACGCACAACGAUAGUCAUGUUGCUGGCAUGUAUUCUGAUUACAAUUAUCAUUGGCAUUGCUCUUGGAAUUGUGAUAUUUCGGGUUAUUGUUGCUGUCCUGUUCACAAAAUCUUCAUCGGAGUUUCUGAGUGAUCAUGCCUAUACAGCUGCUGUGGCUGUUGGUGCUUUGUUGCAUUUCCUUACAAUUCUCAUCAUGACUAAGAUUAAUCGCAAACUUGCGAAGAAGUUAUGUGAUUUAGAAUGCCCGCGCACAAUAUUGGCAGGAGAAAACAGCUUCACCGUAAAAAUGUUCACAUUCCAGUUCUUAACAAUGUUUUCAUCCAUCAUUUACAUUGCAUUUUUCCUAGGGAGGAUUAAUGGUCAUCCAAGUAAUUAUGUGAGAAUAGCAAGUCAGUGGCGUCUAGAGGAGUGUCAUCCAAGUGGCUGCAUGACAGAUCUCUUCAUUCAAAUGGCAGUUGUCAUGUUACUGAAGCAACUACUGAGCAGCUGUGUGGAGUACUCUGUCCCAUCCUUGAAACAUCGAUGGAAGAAAUAUCGUAAAAAGAUCCUAAAAGAACAUGUUAAAGAUGAAAUUAGGGAUCAUUGGAUGAAAAAUUACAGCCUGAACAGUGUUAACUCCUUUAGCUUAUUCAAUGAAUUUUUGGAAAUGGCAAUUCAGUACAGCUUCACCACAAUAUUUGUUGCAGCCUUCCCACUGGCUCCACUGUUGGCACUUGUGAAUAAUUUAUUUGAAGUUCGACUGGAUGCUCGGAAGAUGCUAUUGCUUCAAAGACGGCCAAUACCACGAAAAGCAAACGAUAUUGGGAUAUGGGUGAAAAUCCUUGAAGCAAUUGGCGUUCUGGCUGUCAUUGGAAAUGGGCUGGUUAUUGCAAUCACAUCUGAUUUCAUCCCGCGAUUAGUUUAUAGAUAUGAAUAUGGUCCUUGCGCACAUGGACACAGUUCAGUUGAUAGUUGUUUGAUGGGGUACGUCAAUAACAGUCUCUCUGUGUUCCAUGUGAAAAAUUUUGAGAAUGAAACUCGGUUAAAGGAUAAUGGAUCAGAAUCAUUGGGAUUCCAAGUAAACUAUUGCAGGUAUCGUGAUUACAGAACUGAUAAUGACUAUGAAUAUACAAUUCAGUUCUGGCACAUUUUUGCUGCACGUUUGGGGUUUCUUGUUUUAUUUGAGAAUGUUGUUGUUUGCAUCAAGUAUAUUGUAGCUUGGUUUGUUCCUGAUGUUCCAACUUCAGUGAGAAAUCAAAAUCUAUACCAAACCUAUAACCGACUAAAGGAGGAACUGCAAGUGUCACCCAGAAAUAUUCCAUAUAAUUGGUCAUCUAAUUUGUACAGACAACAGUCAACAACUGUGUGAACAUUUGGAAAAUAAGUGUGCCUGUAAAGAUUCAACAAUUUCUACCUGGGUCAGAAUGCAUUUACUUGUAUAUUAUUGUUCUGGAUCAAAAACUCUUUGUAAAGAAGUGUUUGAAGAAAAUGAAAUCACAGUUUACACAGCUGGUUUUCCUCAAUGAACAAUGUCCUGAUUAAUCAUGAACUGUGUUGCAGAUAGAAGAAAUUGAUAUAAAAAAAUAAUUUCACAAAAACCAAACUAAUUAUUAUUCAUAUUUUUCAUGUUCAGAGUUACUGACUAAAUGAGUGCCCAAGCCCAGAUUUAUGCAAAAACUCAAUCAGACUGAUACUUAAAAUUCUAAGCCAACAGUAGAUGAGUCUUCAAACCCCAGUCUGAAAAAUCAAUAUGCCCCAAGUACUCAAGCAAGAGAAUCUUUGAAACAUAUAUUCUGAGCCCAAAACGUUGGUUGAUAUCCAAGGGAAAUAAUUCCUGGGUAUUGAUAUUCCCUUAUUCAGGAAAAGAAAUGUGUUACUUUAUUAACUUCAGUAUCAUUUUACAGCAUUAGAAUGAAGUUUAAUCUGAUUGUGGGACAGUGGAAUCAUGAUACCGAGAAGUAAAUAGCUCUUCCCACCCAAAUAAAAGGAAUGCGCCAAGGGACAUCUAAGUAUUUACUCCUUGACAAAAGCUGAGUUUUCCUUUCACUGGUUUUCAGUUCAACUCUUCUCACAGUUUCUCCAUUGUAAUUUCCAUUUCUUUUUACAUUUUGAAAACUUAAUUAUUUUAAUUUAUUUAUAUAGAUAGACUCAGGCUUGAAAUGGAGAAGGAUGAAUCAAUGAAAAUAACACUAAAGGAAAAAUAAAUAGUUAUCACUAACAUUAAUGGAAGUUACAUAAAUUAGAAUAUAUAAAAAUAUAGCAGUUUCAUUAAAUCCACAAAUGAAUCUGUAAAUUUGAUAAGUUCAGUCUUCCUUUGUCUAAGAUUAUUCUGAACAAAGCUGUGAAAAAAAACCCAGUAUUUCUGUUAGGAGUUAUGGAUCCAAAUUAAUCCUUUAGUCCUAUUUAAAUAUGGCAGAGUAUCCAUGAGUUUUGAACAGUGUGGUAUGCUGAAAUGGUUGCUGAAAGCAGUAUCCCUUUACCCACCUGCUCACUUAUAGAAACUAAUGCUACUGGACUGGUAGUGGAAAAAAAAUAGUAUUCAAUCUACCGCCAACACUCAAAUGACAUACACAGUCCAUUCUAUAAAUUACAGUAUAAUACAACUAUUUUAAAAAUGUUUUUAGAUGGUUCUUCUACAUCUCAUUAUUACUAAAAUUCAACUUUUGAAGAGUAAGCAGUUUUUUAAAUUAUAUAAAAAAUGCUUCAGAAAAAGAGUAAUGAAAAUUUUAAGUUUUCAUCUAGUGUGAGUAAUAAAGCAGUUAAAAGUGGUUAAGGAUACAUUAUUAGCCAUAAAAAUGACUAAAUUGGUACUUAAAUGUUAUCCCCUCUGCUAAACACUGCUUUGGGUAAGAUUUCAUAUAUAUUGGCCACACUACCUCAGCAUUUCUAUGAAAUUUGCAAAUCCAAUUGUCUGCAAUUUACUUUUCAUUUUAUAAUAUUCAAAAUAUGUUAAUAAUAAAAUUCUAAUAUUAGUGUA